GGGAGGCUAGCGACAGCAACAGGGAGGAGAAAUAAAAUAAAAAAAAACACACACACAAAACACAACUCAGGGAAGUGUUUCUGGUUGUUGUACAAUGAAGAAGCGACUGUAAGGUGCUAAUAAACGUAGUGAAAAUGAUCCGGACACUCAGCGGUGCCACUUUUAGGUCUGUUUUUGGGACAGCGAAGCCGGUAAAGGACAUUACAACCAGACGGCUGCACAGCACAUAUGACGUGGCCGUGGUGGGAGCUGGCAUCGUUGGCCUGGCAACAGUCCGAGAGCUCAUUCUGCGACACCCGUCCCUCAGCUUCAUCCUGCUGGAGAAAGAAAAAGAGCUUGCUGUGCACCAGAGUGGGCACAACAGUGGAGUCAUUCACAGUGGCAUCUACUACACGCCGGGAUCGCUGAAGGCCCGUCUGUGUGUGCGAGGAGCCACUUUAGCCUACGAGUACUGUGAGAAGAAAGGGAUCCCUUACAAGCAGUGUGGAAAGCUUAUCGUGGCUGUGGAGCAGGAGGAGAUACCCAGACUGCAAGCUCUAUAUGAGCGCGGCAUGAAGAACAAUGUGCGUGACCUCAGUAUUGUCGACGCCAAGGGAAUCCGAGAGCGAGAGCCAUACUGCAGGGGUAUAAUGGCCUUGGACUCGCCCUACACUGGCAUCGUGGACUGGAGGAUGGUGGCUCUCAGGUACGGCCAAGACUUUAAGGAGGCAGGCGGCACGGUGGUGACCGAAUCUGAGGUCAAUGACAUCGCCGUGGUCACAGAGAGUCCAGCUGGGAGCACUGAAGGAAUGAAAUACCCAAUCGCAAUCAGAGACAAAAAGGGUAACGAGGUGCGUUGCCGUUACGUCCUGACCUGUGGGGGCCUGUACUCAGAUCGCCUGUCGCAGAUAUCUGGAUGCAGUCGGGAGCCGAGGAUCGUCCCCUUCAGAGGCGAUUAUUUGGUCCUGAAGCCAGAGAAACACUAUCUGGUCAAGGGAAAUAUCUACCCUGUCCCUGACCCUCGUUUCCCUUUCCUUGGAGUUCACUUCACCCCGAGGGUGGAUGGAGGUGUUUGGCUCGGCCCCAACGCCGUCCUCGCCUUCAAAAGGGAGGGAUACAAAGUGUACGACUUCAACGCUCGAGACUUUGCAGAUGCGCUCUCAUUCCGGGGCCUUCAGAAGCUGGUGAUGAGGAACAUAACGUACGGGAUCGGAGAAAUGUAUCGAGGGGUUUUCAUUGGUGCACAGGUUAAAAUUCUGCAGAAGUACAUCCCUGAACUCUCGCGGAGUGACGUGCUUAGGGGUCCUGCAGGAGUCCGCGCUCAGGCUCUCGACCGAGACGGAAAUCUCGUGGACGACUUUGUGUUUGACGGCGGGGUCGGGGAUGUGGGCAGUCGGGUGCUCCAUGUGCGGAACGCUCCCUCGCCUGCGGCCACCUCCUCCCUCGCUAUCGCUGAAAUGAUCGCAGAUGAGGUGGAGAGUCGCUUCGCCCUGUAGAGCAACAUGGUGAUCGCAGAAGGAAAGAGAUAAAACCAAAAUAGUCCAGCUUUUUUUUUUUUACUGGGUUCUGACUAUGCAAGAGCAGUUUGUCUCUGCAGUUUGAACAUUGUAAAGCCUGCUGGUUUCUGUCCUCAAAAAUUUAAUAUUUCAUAAUUAAAUGUAAAAAGAUGAUCUCUAGUUUCGUGCCAGUUUGAGAAAGUUGGGUGUCUUUUAAAAAAAAAAAAAAUGGUUAACUCUUCUUGUAACGCACAAUUGUACCUACAGAACGCACAGUUUAUGAAGAAAGACGGGUUGUUUUUUAGCCAUUUUGGCCAUUAAAACAUUUGAAAUCAUAUCAACACUAAAUAUUCUAGUCUUAUGUCAUAUUCACAUUGAUGUAAACUAAGAACACUUAAAUGUUUUAUAAGUUGUGUGUGUGUGUGUGUGUGUGUGUGUGUGUGUGUGUGUGUGUGUGUGUGUGUGCUAUUUUCAUAUAAUUCUGCUUGAUAUUGCUCUUUGUUAUAGCUUUAAAUUUUGUCUAGAUAAUGUUUCUAUAAAAUUGCUAUUAUUUCAUGGCAUUUAUUGACAAAUGAAUGUUAAAGUAUUUUUUUUACCAUAAUGCAUAUUUUUAAAUAGCAAAAGUAACAGUAAGUAAAAGUGUGAUUUGUGCUGUAUGCUUUUUAAAUAUAGGCUACAUAUUCAGAAGUACUUUUUAAUAUUGGAAGCAAAGUAGUGAUUUCUGGCACAACUUCACCUUAUUCCAAUGGAAGUGCAUGGAGAAAGGAAAUAGUCAAUAGAAAACUUGAUUGUGUUUAAAGUUGUUCUUUAUUCCACAAGCUUUUACCUUGUUGGUACUUUUUUGAUUGUCCACAAGGAGGCAGAAUAACAGCAACACAUACUGUAUGAACCCCAAUGUAAGCACAAAAUAAGUCUAAAUUUGAUGCUGUUACUAAAGCUAGUUGUUUUUAAUGUUUUAACUGGGGAUGCUUGUAUAAUGAGAUGGAAAUAAAGGGAAUUUAUUCGCA